AUGGAAGAUACCGGCGCCAGCAACAUCAGCGCCGAUCCUGAAGCUGCCGGGCGGGCGGAACCUCAAGUUCCUCCCGUCCAGAAAGAAAAGAAGAAGAAGAAGAGUUCACGCUCUUCUCCCUCCAAGACCGCGCCGGAAACUUCCGUGCCGGCAAGCUCUAUGCCACCGCCAGAAGCUCCCAUUCCUGAGUCCACUGGGGCCACACCGACGCCACCACCAGAAGUUCCUGUUCCUGAGGCAACUGGGGCAACGCCAACGCUGCCGCCGGAAGCUCCGAUGCCGCCACCAGCUCAAGGACCUCCCGCGGCCAAGCCAGCGCCGCCGCCAGCAGGCGCCAAACUCCGCCCGCUGGAACCUUUUAAGGGAAAGACAACGGCCUCUGGCCCGCAGCCGCUGGUGCUGCACACCGGCCGCGCCGCUGUUGUGGCCGGAGAGAAACCUACCGGCCUUCUUGGCCGGAUCACGGAGCUCAAGCGCGAGGGCCGUGAGCUGGGACACUUCCUUGGUUACGCCGAGAAGUGGAACCAGGCGGAUAUCUCCACGGCUACGCGCGGCGUGGGGAAAGACCGGCUUCCAAUCAUCGACCCGGCCGGCCCCAAGAGCACUAAAGAGCACUUCAUGCGGCUCAGGCGAGCGGUGAAGGAGUUCGACAACGCCUGGCACGACGCCACCAACAAUGUGGUGGUAACCAUUCCGGAAGCCUCCAUUGAGGCCCUCAAGAGCCAGCUCAGCGAGCUUCACGCCGAAAAGGAGCAGCUCCUCCAGAAGCACAAGGAGGCCCUAGACGCCCAGAAGGACAUCUCCCGGCAACUCAAGGAGCAAGCCAUCCAAGCCGGUCUCCGGCAUGAGGAGGAGAUGAAGGAGGCCAAGGCAGCUGCCGAGGCUAAACUCGCUGAGGUGUUGGAGGAGUCUGCCAACGCCAAUGCGGUGCUGCUGGCGGAGCUGGAAGAGGAGCGGAAGGAGCGGAAAGCGGUGGAGCACCGGAUGGGGCUCAUGACCACUGAUCAUAAGGAAUAUGAUCGGUUGGUCAUGCAGAUCGACGCGCUGGCUCGCCGUAAGCUAGCACUUCCCGGACUCCCAGACGCGGCCGUGAAGAAGGUGAUGGAUGACCGGGUGGCGCGAGAAUUCCCCAACAUGGAUGCGCACUGGGAUGGGUACGACUAUCUGGUCGCACUCUCCGCCCGAGUGCAACAUAUGCGCUCCGUGGACCGGAGUCUCACCGACCUUCCGGACGUCGCCAUCCAGAUCUGCAAGGUGCUGUGGCCUGGGGAGGCUAUACCAGCCAACGUCUGA